CACGACGGCGGCGGCGGCGGCGGCAAGGAGGCCGAGCGCGCCAAGGAGGAGCCGGGCGCCGACAAGGGCGCCGACAAGCCGGACCCGUCGCAGAAGCCGCCCUACUCGUACGUGGCGCUGAUUGCCAUGGCCAUCCGCGAGAGCGCCGAGAAGCGGCUCACGCUGUCGGGCAUCUACCAGUACAUCAUCAGCAAGUUCCCCUUCUACGAGAAGAACAAGAAGGGCUGGCAGAACAGCAUCCGCCACAACCUCAGCCUCAACGAGUGCUUCAUCAAGGUGCCCCGCGAGGGCGGCGGCGAGCGCAAGGGCAACUACUGGACGCUGGACCCCGCCUGCGAGGACAUGUUCGAGAAAGGCAACUACCGGCGGCGGCGACGCAUGAAGCGGCCCUUCCGCCCGCCCCCCGCGCACUUCCAGCCGGGCAAGGGCCUCUUCGGCGGCGAUGGCUACGGCUACCUGUCCCCGCCCAAGUACCUGCAGUCCGGCUUCAUGAACAACUCGUGGGGCCUGGCGCAGCCGCCCGCGCCCGUGCCCUACGCCUCCUGCCAGAUGAGCGGCGGCAGCGUGAGCCCCGUCAAUGUGAAGGGCCUGUCGGGCCCGGCCUCGUACGGGCCGUACUCGCGGGUGCAGGGCAUGGCGCUGCCCGGCGUGGUGAACUCCUACAAUGGCGUGGGCCACCCGCACCAUCCGCACGCGCAUCACCCGCACGCGCAGCAGCUCGGCCCCGCCAGCCCCGCAAUCAUGAAAUCGUUCUCCUUUCCUUCAGUCCCGCGUGCUCCGCUCUCGAGGGGCCGUUCCCUAGUGGGGAAAGUCAAAGGCAGCGCGUUCUCCAUUGGCCUGCGCGGCUGCGCCAGUCUCGAAAGCGGCGUUUUAAUGCGACUAUACAUACACUGA